CCUGUUCGAAGUCGAAGAAACACAAACAAUAAAGCCCAACUAGGUCAACGUUUCAUUCCGAGUUUCAGUGAAGAAUAUUCGUGCAAUGACCACCUCAUCGAACGAGUCUUUAUUUCGAUCUUCUUUCUAUCAUAUCACAGCCAACAAGCUGGUGUUGUUAGGGGUUCUUUUGCUUGGGAUCAUCGGGGCAUCUAUGGCGGCGGAAAAGAAGCGAAUGGGUGGGAUGACAGGCGUGACGUCGCUUGAUAAUGGUUUAGUUAGCGACGAAGAAAAGAAUCUAAUUCAGGGAUUGCUUGAUAAGGUAAAGCCCGAUGCAGAGCUAGAGGCAAGAAGGAAAUUCGAGGAAUUGACACCUGUAGCCUAUGCAACCCAACUUGUGAAUGGAGUCAACUAUUUCAUAAAGGCCAACACCGGUGGCACUGGUGACAAAAGAUAUGUUGUCAUUCGCCUGCACAAGUCAUUCGGUGGUGAUGUGACUGUCCACAGUAUCCAGGUCGAUAAGACAGAGGCGGAUCCUAUUACAUAUUUCUAGAUUCUUAAAUUAUAUUCUUCAUUAAUAUUCAGACUCAUCAAUAUCUCCAGCAUGUUUUAAAUACCAACAAACUUCAAUUGCCUAAAUCAUAAAUUGUUAAUUUUGCUGUCAAUAUGUUAAUAAGCAUUGCACAACACACACACAAAAAGCCUAUGGAAUCUUUUUCCAUUGAAUUAUGGCCAUCAUAGGGUUAUAUUAAGCAGUAGUAGAAAUCAAAAUCUAUUGCAGAGAAGUUUUUAUGUGAAUCUGUUGUACGGUUUUUCAAAAUACCUCUAUAUCUGUCUUGUAUUAUUAAAAUGAUUAUAUUGGGUGAUUUCCUCCAAAUAUUCAUAAUAAAAGCGAUCCAUGAUCCAUUGGAAUAUUUCAGAAAACUUAUGCAGUUUUAAUCGUCUCUAAAUUGUGCUUUCUUGACCAAGACCCUUUUCAAAUAUGAUCAAGUAUAUCAAAAUAACACAUUCAUUGUGUUAACUACUACAUACAUUUACCUCUAAUAACAUUUAAGCUGUGUCUGUUGUGGAUUUACAUUUGUAUGUCAUCACUGUUGUAAUUUGAUAAAUGUGAUUUCCUGGUAGAUAAGAUUGUGGGAAUGUUUUCAACUUCUCAUAUUACAUUUUACAUCUAAAGCAAGGAUGGCAUUGCAUGCAUUUUAGUAUGUGUCAAGGGCUUGUGGCAAGAGGGGGGGGGGCAGCAAGGUACUCUAAGUGUUUUAUAAUCUACCAUCUGUUUUUCAACUGCAAGUACAAUAUGUUUCGCUGGCUUUGCUGCUUUUUCAUUCGGGCUGACCACAUCUCUUUUCAUCAGACAUUGAGAAUCAGGAUUAUUUUUACCAAAGCAUGAUAACUGACAUACAUGUAUGCACUUAAGAUUGAUGGUUAUCUUCAUUCAGUAAUUUUUAUCUUUGUUUAUGAAUUUCUCUCUACAACUUGAUCUACUUCUGCUCAUGUAUGUUCAAAAUUGCGUACAUGUACAGUGUACUGUACAUGUAUUUGUACAGUUUUUAUUUAGGGUUUCCAACGCUUGGAUUUGUCGCAUGCUGAACUAUAUUUCAAUAUUUAAUAUACAUCUAAAAUGAAAGUGAAACAAGCAACUCCCCACAUAUACAUGGCAAGGUAUGCUGUUUGUGAAUAUGAUGAUUUCAAUCAUAUUCAACAGGAGUUGACAAUUUAGCAUAAAUAAAAACCUGGAUUAUAUAGUAGUUACAUGAAAUAAAACUGAAACCAUUUUUUGUAUCCCUCAGCAUAUGAUUGCAAAGUGGGCUGUUUAGAUAAAAAUAUGAUGGCCUCGUGUCACCCUACUGUAGUCAAUAAUAAAAUCAUAAAACCAUCUGAACUUUAAUCUACAAAGAGCUUCCAUAUCCCAUUUUCUACAUAGUUUUGAAAUCUUUAGAGCCAUUACAUAGUAAUUUAAACCAAUAUACUCUGGUAAUUUUGAAUCAGGUUAGCAUGUCUCUGUUGUGAAAACUAUUUUUCAGGUAUAUGUCUAUUCUCUUGAAUAAAUCAAUAUGCAAUAUGUCAAAAUGAAUGCAUGAUGGAAAAAAAAGAAAUUUCUAUAUAUUUUAUACUCUCAACUUUCAUACCAUUUCCAUAUAUGCACUGUAUUAUCUCCGUGAUUGGUCAAAAGAAUAGAAUUUGAUUGUUGUCUUCUGUUCUUGUUGUUGAAAAAAGUACAACUUUGUUUUUAAUUUUAAAUGUAUAGAAUCUUCUUAUAUGGAUACAAUAAACUUAUUUCAGCUUUA